CUUCAGGGGACCAUAUGUGCUGCUGCCGGUAAUGAUAGCUGGUUUUAGGCAGUUUACUUCUUCAGUUUCUGCUCGGCAGGUGAGUGGCACUGUUGUUUUGAUGCCUGCAAGCAUUACUAUUCUUCCAACACCAGCUUUUAAGCACAGGCUCUGGCCGUGCAAUAUCUUCGCGCUGUCAGUCGUCUCAGAACGGCACAGCUUCUCUACUUUUAUUCGUUUUUUUCUGUUGUUGUUUUUUUUUUCCUUUUUUCCUCCAAAAAGACCCAAAUCGGCUUACUCUCGCGCGGCCAGGUUCACCGAGGUCUCGAUAUAAAAGCGAAUAUAUGAUACUUUUGAGCGACCAUUUAGAUCUUGAAGCCGGUCGCGAGUCAGUCGCGUGGACGGAACGUGUCCCAUUGUCUGUGUGCGUGUGUGCGUGUGUGAGAGAGAGAGUCUCUGGUCGCGAUGCCGCGGAAACUAUCGAUUGUGGUGUUGCUACUUCUGGCGAUUUCACUGGCUCAUGGGUACGACCGGAACGUACCCCGGACGUACAAUUUGGAGUCCGAGGAGGACCGCUAUGGGCGGUACGAGCGGGUUCUACUGGGUCUCAAGACUUCCGAGGGGCUCACCGUGGACGCCAAACUGUUGGACAAGGUUCGCGAGGUGAUCUUCGAAGAGGAGUCUCAACAGCCGAUGAAGCACGGAGAGCGACUUGUGGCGGUACAUUUGGGAAGGCCGAAGCAGUCCCGCGAGGUGGCCAAUUUGCAGUAUAAGAACAGGAUUCGGUAUUGAGUUUGGAAUGUUUGCUGAGGGAAGCUUUUAAGAGCCAGUACAAAAUUAUAUUAGAAUAUGUUAACCAAAUUUUACAUAUAAUGCCAAAUUAUACCAUUUAUGAUAAAAAUUUAAAUAAAACAUUCUGUUACUAAAAA